UAAAACAAAGAUAACAAGAGGAGGAUAAUUUAGAAAUGAUUACACUGUUUUUAUCUUCUUUCCUUCCCAUUAUCAUCUCCUGUGUUUAUGGUGAAACGAAUGAUCUGUAUAAUCAUCUUUUAGAUGAUUAUAACAAAGUUAUAAAGCCUUCUGGAUUUGUUAACGUUUCAUUUGGGAUCAGUUUGGUUGGUGUUGACAAGACUGACGGUGAUAUGAUUACAUUUAGCGUUUGGGAAAAACUGAUGUGGACAGAUCAUAGAUUAUCGUGGUCGGAUGAAGAUUAUAAUUCAGAGACUUUUCAUUUGCCUAUUGAUAAGAUUUGGAUUCCUGAUGUUAUAUUAUACAAUCAGGGUCGUAAAGAAGUUGACCUUGCAAAUGUCUUAUCAGUAAUCCACAAAGAUGGAACUGUAUUAUACAUUUCUCCAAAGUUAUUGACAGUUAGAUGUUUAUUUGAGAAAUCAGCUAAUAUAUAUCACUGCCGUUUUAAGUAUGGAUCCUGGACCUACAAUGCAUAUGAAAUGCACUUAAACUUUAUGGGAAAUUUGCAAGAUAUGGAUAUGAGUUAUUACUAUGGCAAAUAUAAGAUUUUUGAAACAUUGGGCCGUCUUGAUGAAAAAUUCUAUCCUUGCUGCGAAGAACCUUUUCAAGAUAUUACUUUUAGUUUUAAAAUGAAGUAAAAUUAAUUUAUUAAAAUUUUCAAAUAAUAAAAUAGUCCUGCAAAUGAUUUAGAUUCGUGCAAUGCAAAAGAUUGAUAAAUAGUUCAAGUAUUUUAGUUUGAUUUUUUAAUUAGAACUAUAGACAGACACACACAUGCACACACAGCAAAAUAGUCUAUAGUUCAUCAAGGAAAUUUCACUUCGCAUAUCUUACUGAUAGAUUUAUCAGAGAAGGCUCUAAUAUAUAAACCCUCACAAAAUCUAUUAUCACAACUACAACUGUAUUUACAUUGUUGAUUAUUGAAGAAUAUUAAUUUGCAAAUUUGAAAUAUUCCUUCAAAAUUAACUUUAUACUGAGGAAAUGAUGGAAUGUACACCAUUACAUUAGAUAAUUGCCCACUUGAACAGGAUAGAUUCUCUCCUAUUACCUCCAAUAGGAUAGGUGCCAAUGGCUUAUUAACUCCUGGGAAUGGAUAUCUAAUCGCAAGCGGAUUGAAUUGUAGAUCUACACAAGUUGAAUUAUUCAAAUCAUUGACUAUAUCAAUUACGGAUGGAUCAUAUAUUGUUUCUUUGGGAAUUAUUGAUUUAGAAUGUGAACAAACAACUUUAUUUAUAUUCUCUUUGUCAUUCUGACAAGUAUUAUAGGAAAAACAUUCUCCAGCUCCAAUUGAGAAAUGUUUACAUAGAGGAUCAGAUUCGCAGGCUGAUUUACAACUUUGAUAAUUAAAAUUUCCCAAAGAAGUUGGAGGUGGCGUUACAAUACAACUUCCAACUUCGCAAGUAGAAUCUGAGUAAGCGUAUCUAUCAUAUGUAAGAAAAUUAUUUAAACUUUGAGCAAUUUUAUAAGAAGUCGACUUUAGAAAACAACCCAAUGUUGGAUUAACAACUUCAGAUACGACAAAACCAAUACAACUAGGCGUUUCCAGACAAUAUUUAGCACAAAUUUUUGGAUCUGCAGCUUCCGGAUCGUUAAUCAUAGGUGAUAGAUCAAAACCAUGAUAGUUACCCAAUUUUUUAAUAAAGCCAGGAACUUCAUAUUUAGUUGCAUAGCAACCAUAUCCAUUUUCGUAGCAGACGUAUCUUUCAUAUACGUUAGUUAUACAUUGAUUUUGCUGGAUAUCUUUCGUUCCCAUGCGAAUUCUUUUACUUUCUUCAACAUCGCACACUGUUGAAAGUACAAUAUUGCAAAAAACUGUUGGUUGUAAAAGAAAAAGUAUUAUUAUGCAACAACUAAUGUUCAUAAUUACUUCUUUUGACAAACUA